GCUCCUUUAAAACUCCAACCCUAGUCUAUUUUGUUCCCUAUCUCGAAUGGGAAAAAUAAUACAUACACCUUGCAUUUAUGGUAUAUACAGCAACUAAAUUAAAUUAAUUUAUUAAAUUGCCGUUUGCCGUUUUAUUUUCUCUGGCCAAUAGUAUCGCUGUAAACUGACCCAUUAACCUACAUCGUCAUAUACAUACAACCAGCUGUCUGUCACGAAGCUCCUCCCCCGCCCAUGGAAAUAAUGGUGCACUAUCGUCGUCUAGCUUACUCUAAUUCUGAAGUAUUCGUGUACCUACUGUAGGCAGGCUGAUGGUUUAGACCACGUGGACGGAGCUAACCUUCUCUUGUGAGACUACAUUUUGCUACUGUUAUCGGAGGACAUCGAAAACGGAUAGUCUCCCGCCGCCGUGUUCAGUUGCUGCGACAACAAUGAGCAAGAUGGAGGGGGCUCCAAAAGACCGUGGCUGGCUGGUGGGCAUAAUUUUCUUCAUCCUGGGCCUGGGGACUCUCCUGCCCUGGAACUUCUUCAUGACUGCCUCAAUGUACUUCAACAACAGACUCAAAACAUCCGAGUGGAGUAAUGGCACAGUCACUGCCACGAAAGAGUAUUACUUCGACAACUGGAUGACUCUGCUAUCCCAGCUGCCCUUGUUGCUCUUCACCCUGCUCAACUCCUUCCUGUAUCCAAGGAUCUCGGAGGCGGUUCGCAUCGGCGGGAGCCUGGUGUGCAUCCUCAUCCUCUUCCUCCUCACUGCCGUCCUUGUCAAGGUGGACAUGGAGCAGGACCGCUUCUUCUCCGUCACCAUGGCGACCGUCUGGUUCAUCAACUCCUUCGGGGCCGUGUUGCAGGGCAGUCUGUUUGGCCUGGUGGGUCUUCUCCCGCAGAAGUACAGCGCCGUGUUCAUGAGCGGUCAGGGCCUGGCCGGCACGUUCGCAGCCGUAGCCAUGAUCCUUGCCAUAGCCAGUAAGGCUGAUGAUCAGACAGCUGCCCUUGGGUACUUCAUCACCCCGUGUGUUGGAACCCUAAUCACACUAAUCAGCUACCUGAUGCUGUGCAGACUGCCUUUUGCCCAGUAUUACCUCCGCAAAGACAGGAGCAAGAACUACGAGCCAGUAAGCGAUCCGACAACCAAUCAGCUACUGCUUAAAGAAGACACUGCGAUCAUGACGGAGAACGGCCUAGUCAAUGGAAACGCUAAUGGCCACGCCAGCGGCUCUCCAGUGGCCAAUGGCAGCAUUGAUGUCACCCCCACUUCCAGCGAAAGCAGAGAAGAGUCAGAGAAACUGUCCGUCCUCGAGGUCUUCAAAAAGAUCUGGGUCAUGGCGUUCUGUGUAACGUUCAUCUUCACGGUCACGCUCUCGGUGUUCCCUGCGGUGACGGUGGAUGUGAAGACGGUGUACCGGGGAGAAUGGGAGAAGUACUUCAUCCCGGUGUGCUGUUUCCUCUUCUUCAACCUCAUGGACUGGCUAGGCAGGACCGUGACCACGCUGAAGCAAUGGCCCCCCAAAGAGAGCCGUGUUUUCCCGGCGCUGGUGGUUGCGCGGGUGAUCUUCAUCCCGCUGCUGUUGUUCUGUAACGUGCAGAAGCGCUCCUACCUGCCGGUGCUCUUCAGCAAUGACGUGGCCUUCUCCGCCAUCAUGCUGCUCUUCUCCCUCUCCAGCGGAUACGGUGUCUGUCUGUCCAUGACCUACGCACCGCAGCUGGUAGAAGCCAAGGACAAGGAGACUGCUGGAGCCCUGAUGACCUUCUUCCUGGCUCUGGGCCUGUCGUUAGGGGCCACCUUCUCUUUCCCUCUGCGGCUGCUCGUGUAGGGGGACCCCCCCUCCAACUCUUAGGAAGCGCUCUGGCACGUUACCCCAAACCCUGUAUAAUCAAUGUUCCAGUGGAGGGCAGGAGCCAACCAAUCAGAUCAGUCUAUGAUGAUCACCUGACCAACAUCCCAGUUCCCACCACAGCGGAAUGUUUAUUGGAUCCCACCCAGAUCAACAUAUCCCAUCAACCCCGGCACCUCCAAACUCCACCUGUGGUCUGCAGUGUCAUUAGUUAUCCUAUCAGUAGAAGCCUUCUUCUGGCUGUGCCAUCAACACACCUCCUGGGCCAAUCAGAUCCAGCUGUGUUGAUCACCUGACCAACAUCCACAUCAUCCACCCGCGCAAAACAUCCCAGCUGAAUGUGAAUCUAUUGGACCGGGCCUUAAUGUGACUUGGUCCAAACACAGAACCCCACCACCACUGCCCCCUCCUGGGCAUUCUUACAGAAGCACCCGGGUCCAUAACAGGUCCCCCCGUCCCCCCCCCCAGAGGAGGAACUACUCCUACCGUUCAAAAAAGAGCGCAACUCAUCUCACGCCAUCGCCACCAACAGCAGCUAAGGAAACAAAAUGGCGUUUGGCUAAAGCUACUUCCGGUUUAUUAUCAAUAAAGCAGUGGCUGCUAGGACCAGUUGACAUUAACCUUGAGGCCAGCUGGCUUCUGCAAGGGCCCAAAGGGAUACGCACGUCCAUUUCCUGCCUGGAAGGAAGUGGCUUACUGGGGCCCAUCAUGAGUACGCCUCUAAGCUAUGCAGAAACUCCAAUAGAAGUCAAUGAGGGAACAUGCUAGCAUACCGGCUAGUCAUUAUGCUAAUGACUUUGCUAAUGGCAGGUCAAGGUCAGCUCCUACUUGGAUGAAAUGUAUUGCCAACGUGGAAUUACUGGAACAAAGGCAAAAUGUUACUGUCAGAAUGUCAUCUCCACCAUCUCAGAUUUAGUUCUCGGGUGUCAGAUGUACUUGUAUAGCAGUAUGCAAAAGAUGAAUUGCAUAAAUGCCUAAAUAUACAUACAUACAUACAUGCCUAUAUAUAUGCAUAUAUACCUAAAAUAUGUAUAUUUAAGUGUGCCAGUAUCCCCCUCCCUUUAGAGCAGUCCUGUCUCAGGAUAUUUUCAUUCAGUCAGAUAUAUUUUGGGACAACUGAAGAAUAGGAAAGACAGUUCAACUCAAAGGGAUCAACUCUAUAAGGAAGCCAUUUUCUUUUGUGGACGCAUGGGCUGUUCACUUGACAGACCAGACUUCAUUGUCUGAGCAAAAUGAAUGUAGACUGAGAAAGAACAAGCUGAGCUGGCCACACUUGGCCAAUUUUUAAAUAUUUUUUUAAAUUGUGUUCUGCUUUAAAUAUAUAUAUAUAUAUAUAUAUAUAUAUUUUUCCAAUCAUGUGGAUCAUCGGACUGCUUCGGUUUCAAAGAACCGCCUAAGGGGACGAACACACGAGACGUGUUUUCUAAAAACGCGACGCUAGCAUAACCAUUGUUUCCUAUGGUACGGCGUGCCUUUCGCCUUUAAUGCGCCGCGUGUCGCGUUUUUCUAGCGUUUUUUAGGCGCUUAAAAGUUUAAAUAUUCUCAACUUUUCAGCGCGAGGCGCACAGCUCAUCAAUGUCACACUCGGCCCAUUUGGUUGCGCACGCAGCCCCGCUCCACAGGCGCGCUGUUUUGCCCGCCGCGCUUUUUUUCAAGGCGUUUUUGAAGCGUCUGCGUUUUUAGAAACACGUCUGGUGGGUUCAUGCCCUAAGAGAACCAUAAAGGAAAAUAACUUGAGGUCAGCGGAACCCCUAGGACUUCAGAGAAAUAACUUUGACAAUGAACUGCCUACCAUAAUGUUCAGCCAAGUACACUGAGGGAAACCCAGUGGAAAGGUUGUUUGGGUCCUGCUUCAUAUUAAGUAUCCUCGGCUAUUAUGCACUUAACAUUUAAUCAGUUGGUCUACAGUGUUCAGUACACUUUUUCUGCAAAUAGCGUGCAUGUUGUCACGACAUGUACUUGCGGUUUGGGGUUACAUGAAGAUUUGCAACCUAUAAUGUGUAUUUGCAUGACGAGUACACUUUUAUCUAUCCAAGUGCACUGUACUUAGGACACUUAGUAUGAAAUGGGGCCUUUAAUCUGUUGCGUCAUUGCAAAGCCUUCGCUGCUGAUCUGGGGACAGUGUAGACAGCACACAGGUACCUUAAGGGCUAAUAUGCUGUGGUCUUUUAAGGAAGCGCGCUUGUUUGUGUGUGUUGUGUGUUGUGUGUGUGUGUGUGUGUGAGAGAGAGAGAUUCACCUCGCCACAACACGCUGCGUCACAUUCCCCUGGCAGAAGGUCAGUAAAUAGAGAGGGUUGCUUCGGGCCGCCCACAUUCCAGAAUCUUCUACUCUGCAAUGUUGGUCUUCCCUCAAUUUCAAUUCUGCAUAUGGAGGGGAAAAGAUUUGUUAAACUGAAAGAUCUAUGUACAAAUAUGUAGAAAAACAAACAAAAAAAUAAAUAACGAAUAAUAAUGGUUAUAUGGAAAUGUAACAUUGUGAUUUGAGAUCCUUGGUUGAUUUUUAACUUCUAAAGACUUACUCUAAAGUAAAUUAUUAGACGUAAUUACAAAAAUUAAGCAUAAAUUAGAAUCAGAAGGAAGUUUCCUUAAAUCAUAACUGUCUCUCGACCAGAUGUGUGUACUGCCAUUUUGUUUUGAACAUAUGCCGUAAAAAGAAAGACUCCCAAUGCAUUCCCUUCCCUUUACUGAAACUAGAACAGAACUGACCCUGAUCUGGCAGCAGUCUUUUUGUAGUGGUGCUUUAUGUCUCUAGAGGACAUCUCGCAUAAACCGUAAACAUGUAACCUGAGACGUUAUGGACUUGGGGCCAGAACUAACCUAACACUAAGCCCUAGGUUUCCCCAAAGAUGGAACUGGUUACCGGCGAUUGAAAGUCAGUUGCAUGACUGUUGAAAUGCUAACUGCAUGACUACUCCUUGAAGAAUGCAUCCCUAGUUGCGACUGUUGUUCUGCCAGUGCUGGUAAUCAGUCGAUCAUGACGUUUUUGAAGUACCAAACACUUCUAUCAGACUCUGACCAGGAAGGGUUAUGCAUCUUCACACUUACCAGGAUGAGGUCUGAACACAUAAAAGUGUGAAGUUUUCCCUGGCAUAGCCUGUCUCAUCACACACAUUUUCUGUUACGUAAAAAUGUUGGCAGUGGCAUUGCCUUUUUUUUUCUCCAAUUCAAAGACAUAUAACCAAACACAUCAGGUAACAUGUUAUAUAGAUACAGAUACACAACCCCCCCCCCCCCUCGGCAGUGCUGAACACCAACCAUUUGUGUUCGCAACAGGCCAGUGUUAUGAAUACAUUUGUGCACAAAUAUGGCUAAAGAAGCCUAUGCUUUGUUUACAGAGGUGUGAGAUAAUAGUUUAUAUGUUUUUUUGUUUAUGUGUUUGUUUGAUUUUUUUUGUAGGUUGAAGCCUGGUGGUUUCUGAGUGUUUUGCGGUUUGGUUGUUUGUAUUUCACAUUGACAAAUAUAGCUGUGGGUUUAAGUUUUAUUUCUAUCUUUGUAAAUAAGUUUUACCAUCACUUUUUUGUUAUUUAUUUUAACACCAUUUGGUAUACUGAAAGGUCAGUUAGGCCUAACAAAUAUACCAACAUUCUCUGAAUUAUAACUGAUAACAACAGUUCUACGUUGGCUACAAGAACCAUAAUGAUUGUGCCGUCUAAACUUUGUUUAAUAUCUGUUAAUAGCAGUUUUUAAAAACAAAGAAUGAUUAGUUAGGUAUCCAGAUAGCUACACUGAGAGUAACAAGAAACGAUAGUUGGUUUUUUUUUGGAAAGUGCAUUUUAAGCCAAGCUAGGCCAAACACAUUCACUGUUUUCAUUGUGGUUCACUCCCAGGGAUAACUGGGUAUGGGAUAACAUGGUCUGGCUUUGUCCAGCUUUUACUCAACACUAAAUCGUUAUUAUUGCUGCUGUGUCGGAAAGCACUAGCUGCCUCAUGUGUUGUAAGUGUGUAAAGUACCCGACAGGCUAAUUGGCUAUGUGUACCUUGGUUUGCUAUUCACUGGUUCCAAUUGGGAGAGUCGUGUCUGAAGGCAGUGUGAUUCAUCGGAGAGAGCUGUAUAGUGUGUCUGUGUAAACCUCACUCUCCAACACCUUAGGUGUUCGCCUCCUUGCUAGCACACCCUCCUCCCAUGCCAGAAGUUGCCAGUUUGAGUUGGGUGCGGGACUGCUUGUCCACACAAUGCACGUUACAUCCACAAGGUGGCGCUAGUGCUCAAUCGAGAAGAUGUGAGUGAUUUGUGGUUGUAUUAUACGCAUUUUUGUCAUCAAUAAGGGAGACAAUGCUUUUUGUAUGUUUAUAUAGGUUGUUGCUUACAAUUAUAUGAAAUUAUGGAAAUUAAUGAUAUUGUAAAUACUUUGUUUCUGUCGUGUGUAUAUAUUAAACUAGUUUUUUACACUGUU